AAUUAAUAGCCACCAAACCAAACCCAUUCCAUACUGUCACUGGCCUCGCGAUGAUGAAAAUGACCAGCCAAGAUAAACUAGGUUGGUUCGAUAAAGUGAAGCCCUUGCUAGCAGUUAUAUUCCUGCAAGUCGGGUUUGCAGGAAUGGAUAUCCUAUCUAAGGCUGCACUGAAUCGGGGAAUGAGCAAUUACGUGCUCGUAGUAUAUCGCCAUGCCACUGCCACUCUUGUUGUGGCUCCUUUUGCGAUAAUCUUUGACAAGAAAGUGAGGCCCAAAAUGACUCUACCAAUAUUCUUCAACAUACUUGUGCUCAGCUUGCUGGAGCCAGUCAUUGACCAAAACUUGUAUUUUCUAGGGAUGAAGUACACUACAGCAACAUUUGCAGCUGCCAUGACCAACAUUGUUCCAGCCAUUACCUUCAUCAUGGCUUGCAUUUUUAGAUUAGAGAAGAUAAGAGCAAGAUCCAUUCGCAGCCAAGCCAAGGUAAUUGGGACUAUAGCAACAGUUGCAGGAGCCAUGGUCAUGACACUGAUCAAAGGUCCAAUUAUUGAGCUGUUUUGGACCAACGGAAGAAAUAGCAAUGUACAAGGUGGAGGAGGUACGAAUAUGCAUGAUGUAGUCAAGGGUGCUGUGAUGAUCACAGUAGGGUGUUUCAGCUGGGCUUCUUUCAUGAUCCUGCAAGCAGUGACACUGAAAACAUACCCGGCCGAGCUUUCUCUUACAGUUUGGAUAUGCCUGUUGGGUACAAUUGAGGGCACGGCAGUUGCACUAGUGAUGGAAAGGGGAAAUACUGCCGCUUGGUCAAUCGGCUGGGACACAAAGUUACUGGCAGCUCUCUACAGCGGAAUAGUCUGCUCGGGACUAACUUAUUACAUCCAAGGAGUAGUAAUGAAAGAGCGAGGCCCUGUUUUUGUAACAGCUUUUAGUCCUCUCUGCAUGGUGGUGGUUGCUAUCAUGAGCUCCUUCAUUUUUGCUGAGCAAAUGUAUCUAGGAAGGGUAAUUGGAGCCAUUGUCAUAGUUGCAGGCCUGUAUCUUGUUGUCUGGGGCAAGAGCACAGAUUACACCACGUCCCCUUCCCAAACAAGUGAUGAGCAGCAACUAGCACCUACUAAAGAAACAAUUGAUCCAGAAAGCAACUGUGGAUUGACUCUAAUCAAGAUGUCAUCACCAUAACGUGAUGUUGGGAUAUGCCAGAUUUCAAUCAACACU